UACGAAGAUGGCACGAAACAACAAAAGCAAACAACUAACAUUGCCCUCCACUCCCAUUUCUCACCAGUCACCAACGCCCAAAGAACAACCGAACUAGUUGUAGUUAUGGCUAGAAAGAAAGAGAGUUAUAGAGAGGAUUGAAGGGUGAGACAGACUCGGUUUGACGGAGCGAAAUUUGCAGACAGAGAGGAAUAGAGGGUUAGAGUGAGAACUUCAUCUACAUAUACACAUAUACACACAUAGACAGAGAUAGAGAGAGAGGGACUAUGGCAGAGAAGGAAGAUUCUGCAAGACUUUCUUCGGCACCAGCACCAUCACGUCCUACGAUAACGCUCCCACCGCGUCCAUCCAUGGAGACCUUCUUCACCGGUGGGUCCGGAGCCAGCCCCGGACCCAUGACUCUGGUCUCCAGCUUCUUCUCCGAUAAUUACCCGGACUCUGGCUGCCGAUCCUUCUCUCAGCUCCUUGCCGGAGCCAUGGCCUCUCCGCUUGCGAGGCCUAGCUUCUAUACCGACAAUUCCACCGGUAAUUCCGCAAAGGAACGGGGUCCCGAUUCGGCUUCUGGGUUUAAGCAAAGUAGGCCGAUGAAUUUGGUGGUUUCUCAGCCAUCAUUGUUCACAAUUCCACCCGGGUUGAGCCCCUCUGGCUUGCUGAACUCCCCCGGGUUCUUCUCCCCGCUGAGCCCCUUUGGAAUGUCUCAUCAGCAGGCCUUGGCACAGGUUACAGCUCAAGCUGCACUAGCCCAAUCACAAAUGCUAUCUGAAUAUCAAUCUUCUUCAGUAGCAGAUCCGACAGAGUCACUGACACAUGAUCCAUCCUUUACUCUAAGUGAAGCUUCACACCUGCAGAUGGCACCAUCAACAUCAGACCCUAGAAGUUCAAUGAUGGAGUCAUCCGAGGCCUCUCAUUCUGAUAGGAAAUACCAACCUGCUUCCAUUGCCAUUGAUAAGCCUGCUGAUGAUGGCUACAACUGGCGUAAAUAUGGGCAGAAGCAGGUGAAGGGCAGUGAAUAUCCACGAAGCUAUUACAAAUGUACACAUCUGAAUUGCCCUGUCAAAAAGAAGGUUGAGCGUUCCCCUGAUGGCCAAGUAACUGAAAUUAUCUACAAAGGCCAGCAUAAUCAUGAACUGCCUCAAUCCAAUAGGCGUGCAAAAGAAGGUAAUGGUCUAAAUGGAAAUAUGAAUUCUCAAGCUAAGCCAGAUCUGGGUCCUCAAAGUCUGGCCGGAAAUUGGAACAAAUCAAGUGAAACAGUGCUGGCUUAUUCAGUUCCUCAAGGAGAUCAGGAGUCUACUGGAGCAGGGCCCCCUAAGUUACCUGGAUCGAGUGAUAGUGAGGAAGAAGGCGACAUGGAAGCAAGAGGAGAGGGAGAUCUUGAUGAGCCAAACCCAAAGAGAAGGAUCACAGAUGCUGGUGCAUCUGAGGUAACUCUCAGACACAAGACUGUCACAGAACCAAAAAUUAUUGUGCAAACAAAAAGUGAAGUUGAUCUUUUAGAUGAUGGCUAUAGGUGGCGCAAGUAUGGGCAGAAGGUGGUCAAAGGAAAUCCUCAUCCAAGGAGCUAUUACAAAUGCACUAACCCGGGAUGCAAUGUCCGUAAGCAUGUUGAGAGAGCUUCAACAGAUCCCAAAGCUGUCAUAACCACAUACGAGGGAAAGCACAAUCAUGAUAUCCCAGCAGCUAGAAACAGCAGCCACAACACAGCCGAUAGAAUUGCACCUCAGAAGGUGGUGGCUGAGAAACAGUCACUGCUUAAAGAGACAGGUUUUGGAAACAAUGACAAAAGGCCAGUGCUUCUACAGCUAAAAGAAGAGCAAAUCCGUGUGUAAACUUCUGUGCUGAAAUAUCUUCUGCAUCCAUCAGGUCAUGAGAUGGUUGAUUCCGGCUGACUAACACGGCAUGGUUGAAGCAAUUUAGAGUAAAGAAAUCAAAUGAAAGCUAGGCUUAUUGGCGUUCGGCUGAAAUAGUUUCUGCCUGCGUAAUUUCGUUGACGAGGCUUUGUUGUAGUUUUUGUUAUACGAAAGUAAGAGGCUUUCUUUUGUAAGUUUAAAUUCGGAAAUUGGUCUCCUCUGUGAUUUUGUUGACACCUAGAAAUAGGAGAUUACUCUUUGAGAUUACAUACGGAUUUAGCAGCCAGUCUUGCUUAAUUAUUUGUUAUGUAAUUUGGUCAAAUAUAAUAAAUGCCAUACUUUUACGUGCA